AUGCCCAAAGCACUAUAUAUCUGCGCGUCUCUCUUCUCUCAGCAUCAUCGCGGUCGUUUGAAGCUAGCUACUCAACCCAUAGCCAUGGCAACCAGUCAAAGCACGGCACCUUCGUUCUUCAACUUCCUAAAGGAAGGCGUCCGCCUCCCGACCCGCAACCGGAGGCUCUUCAUAGCGGUCGGCGCCAUCAUCAUCGCCUCCACCGCGCUGCUCCUCCUCGGCAGCGACCUCGCCCUCCAGCCCCUCGCCGACGAGAUCCAGCUCGACGUCAAGGCGCUAAACGGCACCGACCCCGGCAGCCUGGAGUACGCCAAGCUCGUACAGGAGAUCCAGAAUGACACCAAGGAGCUCCUGCUCGUAGGCGCGGUGUACCUCCUCUUCGCGAUCGUCGUCAGCUCCGCCGUCCGGAUCAUCCUCCUCUUCGCCACCGUCUUGACGUACUCCGGCGAGCAGCGUGCUACCUUCAGCGAGCUCCUAGGAAAAGCUAAGGCGCAGCUGAAGGGCCCCCUGCUCACGCUCGCCUUCGUCUACGUCCUGGAGAUCGUCUACAUCGUGUUUCUGGCGUUGAUGGGGGCACUUCUCGUUGUUCUCAUGGCGAAGCAGUACUUCGUGUUGCUCAUCCUGGCGUCGCUGCUAGUCCUCUCCGCGGCCAUCUCCCUCGUCUACUUCUCCUUCGUCUGCUCUUUCAGCGUCGUCGUGGCGGUGGCCGAGCCCGGCUGCCAAGGGGCAGCCGCGUUAUGCAGGGCGUGUAGGCUGGCGAAGGGGAAGAAGUGGCAGGUCGUGCUGUACGUCGCCGUUACCUGUGCCCUGGCCAGCGUCCUUUCGCCGGUGCACACGCUCGCGACGACUUGCGCGGGUAAUAGCGUGGCUCUUGGGUUGCUCCUAGGUUUUGUGUACGCCGUUCUGAUGGCACUCGUGCAGUUGUUCGCCGUCUGCGCCAUGACCGCGUUCUACUACGAGCGCAGGGAGAACAUCGACAGCCAGCUGGGGGAUACUGCAUACGCCAAGUUAUCAACGGAAGAAGCAAACGCUUGAUCAUUCUACUUGUCACAACGAUUGGUGGUGGCAUGUAAUUGACUUGCUUGUAUAUUACUAUUCCCUCCGUUCCUAAAUAUUUGUCUUUUUAGAGAUUUCAAAUGGACUACCACAUACGGAUGUAUAUAGACAUAUUUUAGAGUGUAGAUUCACUCAUUUUGCUCCGUAUGUAGUCAUUUGUUGAAAUCUCUAAAAAAACAAAUAUUUAAGAACGAAGGGAGUAUAUGUUUAUUUUUCGGCAUGCUCCUACUAUAUGUAAUAUAUACUUUCUUGCACAACUAUAUACGACCUUUUGGACA